AUUUCUCCAACCAAGUGAAUUCCACGUCCCUGAACUCGCCCACGAGCCGGGGGCCCAUGGCCACGCCGUCCUUGCACCCGUCCAUCGGGCCGGGCAUCGGCUCCUCGCUGGGCUCGCCGGGCCAGCUGCACUCGCCCAUCAGCACCCUGAGCUCGCCCAUCAACGGCAUGGGCCCCCCCUUCUCCGUCAUCAGCUCCCCCAUGGGCCCACACUCGAUGUCUGUCCCCUCCACGCCCAGCCUGGGGUUCGGCACCAGCAGCCCGCAGCUCAACUCGCCCAUGAACUCCGUCACCAGCACAGAAGACAUCAAGCCACCCCUGGGGCUCAACGGAGUCCUCAAAGUGCCAGCACACCCCUCAGGGACGAUGGCCUCCUUCACCAAGCACAUAUGUGCCAUCUGCGGGGACAGAUCUUCGGGUAAACAUUACGGGGUUUACAGCUGUGAGGGCUGCAAAGGGUUCUUCAAGCGCACGGUGAGGAAGGACCUGACCUACACGUGCCGGGACAACAAGGACUGCCUGAUCGACAAGCGCCAGCGCAACCGCUGCCAGUACUGCCGCUACCAGAAGUGUCUGGCCAUGGGCAUGAAGAGAGAAGCCGUGCAGGAGGAGAGGCAGCGGGGCAAGGACCGCAACGAGAACGAGGUGGAGUCCACGAGCAGCGCCAACGAGGACAUGCCCGUGGAGAAGAUCCUGGAGGCUGAGCUUGCUGUGGAGCCAAAGACUGAGACCUACAUCGAGGCAAACAUGGGCCUGACACCCAGCUCGCCCAACGACCCUGUGACAAACAUCUGCCAGGCAGCAGACAAGCAGCUCUUCACCCUGGUGGAGUGGGCCAAGAGGAUCCCCCACUUCUCCGAGCUGCCCCUGGAUGACCAGGUCAUCUUGCUCAGAGCAGGGUGGAACGAGCUGCUGAUUGCCUCCUUCUCCCACCGCUCCAUCGCCGUGAAGGACGGGAUCCUGCUGGCCACAGGGCUGCACGUGCACAGGAACAGCGCCCACAGCGCCGGCGUGGGGGCCAUCUUCGACAGAGUACUGACAGAGCUGGUGUCCAAAAUGAGGGACAUGCUGAUGGACAAGACAGAGCUGGGCUGCCUGCGAGCCAUCGUCCUCUUCAACCCUGACUCCAAGGGGCUCUCGAACCCGGCGGAGGUGGAGGCGCUGCGGGAGAAGGUGUACGCGUCGCUAGAGGCUUACUGCAAACACAAAUACCCCGACCAGCCCGGCAGGUUCGCCAAGCUGCUGCUGCGCCUCCCGGCCCUGCGCUCCAUCGGCCUGAAAUGCCUGGAGCACCUCUUCUUCUUCAAGCUAAUAGGCGACACGCCCAUCGACACCUUCUUGAUGGAGAUGCUGGAA